AAAAGCCAAGCCGAGGGCGCGAAGUGGGAAGGGCCGAGUUUCUCCUUCAAAUUGUUCUACCCAUCCUCGAACAGCCACAUUCAUCUGUGCAAAGACAGAGAAAAUCCAUGGCGUCUUCUUCAGGAAGCAGCAGCAGCAGCAGCUACGACAUGCCAUGGGUGGAGAAGUACAGGCCCAGCAAGGUUGCUGACAUUGUGGGCAAUGAAGAAGCAGUUUCUCGGCUCCAAGUCAUUGCUCGCGACGGCAACAUGCCCAAUUUCAUAUUAUCUGGUCCGCCAGGAACUGGGAAGACAACCAGUAUUCUGGCUCUUGCUCACGAGCUCUUGGGACCAAAUUACAAGGAUGGUGUUCUGGAGCUUAAUGCAUCAGAUGAAAGGGGAAUAGACGUUGUGAGGAACAAAAUCAAGAUGUUUGCUCAAAAGAAAGUAACCUUGCCUCCUGGUCGACACAAAGUGGUAAUAUUGGAUGAAGCUGACAGCAUGACAACUGGAGCACAACAAGCUUUGAGGCGUACAAUGGAAAUAUAUUCGAACACAACACGUUUUGCACUUGCAUGUAAUACCUCCUCAAAAAUUAUCGAGCCUAUUCAGAGUAGAUGUGCAAUUGUUCGAUUUUCAAGAUUAACAGAUCAAGAGAUUCUUGGGCGCCUUAUGGUGGUACUUCAAGCAGAAAAGGUACCCUAUGUUCCAGAAGGUCUUGAAGCAAUCAUUUUCACCGCUGAUGGUGAUAUGAGGCAAGCGCUGAAUAAUUUGCAAGCUACAUAUAGUGGAUUCCGCUUUGUAAACCAGGACAAUGUUUUCAAGGUUUGCGAUCAACCGCAUCCGCUGCAUGUUAAGAACAUGGUGCGUAACGUGCUUGAAGGUAAAUUUGACGAUGCUUGUGCAGCUCUGAAGCAACUCUACGACAUGGGCUAUUCUCCCACUGACAUAAUAACCACUCUUUUCCGUAUUAUUAAGAACUAUGAUAUGGCUGAGUAUCUGAAACUGGAAUUCAUGAAGGAAAUUGGGUUUGCUCAUAUGAGAAUUUGUGAUGGAGUUGGGUCUUAUCUGCAGCUAUGCGGUCUUUUGGCCAAGCUUUCCAUUGUUCGUGAGACUGCGAAAGCGCCAUGAAUGGUUGAAAUGUUGAGGCUGCUUAAAAUUCGGCUCGAAGGGGAGAUAGUAUGAAUUUAAACACUUGUGUUCCUUAGGAUAUUAGCUUUUGUUUUUGUAUGAUAUAGUUAGACUAAGCACAAAAUUUGGUGUUUUAGGAUCAUUUUGCUAAGGUUUUAGGCCAAUGGCAUUCUUGUCGACAUUUCUCUCUCCCCUACCCCCAUUGAAGUAGGUACAAGCAAGCCCCUGACUGUGUCCAUGAUUCUCAUUAGUUAAAAUCUUUUUGUUUUCAAAUGAC